AUACACAUUUCUCGAAAAAGCCAUGGGGAAGAGUUCAUGGAGAACAAGUUUAGUUGUAGUUAUCGUUGUGUGUCUUAGUUGCAAAGGUAUAGAAUGUGUUUUUGUCGAAACAGCACAUGGAUGGAUCCAAGGAAAGAUAACGAAUGAUGCUAUAGUGUUUCUUGGAGUCCCAUUUGCCCAGCCUCCGGGAAGAUGGGAGGAUCCACGAGAGCCUUCACCGUGGGACUUUAUGUGGGAUGCUCGAUACGUGCGUCCAAUGUGCCUACAGCCACCAUGUGGCGCUAAUCAAAUGCUGGGAUUGUGCAUACGUGAAAUGUCUGAGGACUGUUUGUACCUGAAUGUGUACAUGCCUCUAAAUACGGCGCCUAGCAGCGGAAAAGCGGUCAUGGUGUUUCUGCAUGGUGGUGCGUUCGAAUCUUUCACAGCUGGUGCCGAUAUCUAUAAUGCAGAAUUAUUUGCAAAGAGGGGUGACGUCAUCGUAGUUACAGUAAAUUACCGAUUGGGAGCGCUGGGUUUUCUGGUGACAGGAACUGGUCAAGGUUCAGCAACAGGGAAUUAUGGGAUAAAAGAUCAGCGAUUGGCUUUGGAAUGGGUGAACAAAAAUAUCCAAAAAUUCGGAGGAAAUCCAGAAAAUGUUACUCUCUUUGGACAAAGUGCCGGCGCUUUGUCAGCACUGAUUCAUCUUACCUCGAGAAAAGCGGAUAAAUUGUUCCAGCGAGCCAUCAUUCAAAGCGGUCCUUUUAGCAUUCCGCCGAAGUCAUUUCAACAAGCGUAUUCUCAAGGAGUUGAAUUCAGUCGAAAUCUCAACUGCUCUCCACGAGACAUGCGUUGCUUGCGUCGAAAAUUGCCGAUGGAAAUUGUCAGGGCACAGGCGUCUACUAGAGCCAUUGGCAAUGUGCUUCAACGGUUUUUGCCUUGGUCACCGCAUUAUGACGGUGACGAGGUUCCGGUUAAUCCUCACACUGCUAUAGAGAAGGGACUUGUUGCUAAUAAAUCACUUAUCAUUGGAACAACUGCACACGAAGGACUGACGUAUGUGUACAACAUAUUUACAUCACCAAUGAAUAUGAUGACGUAUUCUGGACUUUUGUUAAUGAUCAAUCAAAACGAAGCUUUCACGUGGCUUUCGAGAUACUCUCCCAGAAACGCGCGAGAUGCUCGCGAGGCUUUGGCGGAACUCGCCACGGACUACAUUUUUACUUGUCCGACAAGACAGAUCGCUGAAGACCUAGCACUCUCUCGGCAUAAAGUCUGGUUGUAUGUGUUCGACUAUGGAAUGAAAUUUCUGAAUGGUACAGGUAUUAUGGAGAAUUGCCAUGACAACGCAUGUCACGGAGGUGACAUACCGUAUCUGUUUCAGAAUCUACAGAAAGUGUUUCCUCUCAACCAAGAAGAAACCCGCCUAGAAAAUGACAUUCUUAUAUAUUGGACAAACUUUGCUAAACAUGGAAAUCCAAAUGGUGCUAGCACUAACAAUUCAUCUACAGUGUGGCCAUCUUACGAUCAGACGUCCGAAGUCCCUAGGGCAGUGAUGUAUUUUCAGGUUCCAACGUCCAAUAUUACACUUGACUAUAAGGGAUCUAUUUGUGAUAAAUUCAAUAAAUCAGAUUUUAAAGGGUAGUUCAUGCACUCUAA